CGUCCUGCUCAGAAGUGAGUCCACCAGAGAAGGAACGCAGCUCUUCCUCUACUCCUCCUCUUCUCCUCCUCCUCUGGAACCUCCCGUGUCGGACCCGCAGGAGGAAGAGGAGCAGCUUCGUGGAGAACCCGCUGCCGCUGCCACGCUCCGCUCCAUGGAUUGAUUGGUUUUGUUCUGGAGACGCAGACGAGGAGAGAGAAGUUUGCAGAAGUUUGUUCGCGCCUCGGCUCCGCUGCUGGUCUGGAUUUGAACACGAAGACCCGGGUCUGGUCUGUGGACGCGCUGCGGUCCUGCACGCACGGAUCUACUCGCUUCUUCUUCUUCUUGUGUGUCCGCGUUUCGCGCAGUCCCCUCUUGCGUCAUGACUUCAAGCUACGCGCACGUGAUGGACCGGCAAGCGACGCUGUCGAACCGCCUGGAGAGUCCGAUCACGUCCAACCUGGACACGCUGCAGGCCAAGAAGAACUUCUCCGUCAGCCACCUGCUGGAUCUGGAGGAGGCCGGGGAGAUGGUGGGCAGCCAGGCCGACGAGGGCGUCGGGGAGGCGGGGAGGAGUAUGCUGGAGUCCCCGGGGCUGACGAGCGGGAGCGACACGACCCAGCAGGAGAAUGAACAGAUGAACACGGAGGAGAAGAAGAAGAGGAAGCAGCGCAGGAACAGGACCACGUUCAACAGCAGCCAGCUGCAGGCUCUGGAGCGAGUGUUCGAGAGGACGCACUACCCCGACGCCUUCGUCCGGGAGGACCUGGCCCGCCGGGUCAACCUCACCGAGGCCCGAGUCCAGGUCUGGUUCCAGAACAGGAGAGCUAAGUUCCGCAGGAAUGAGCGCGCCAUGCUGGCCAGCAAGAACGCCUCGCUGCUCAAGUCCUACUCCGGAGACGUGACGGCCGUGGAGCAGCCGAUCGUACCGCGCCCUGCGCCGCGCCCCAACGACUACCUGUCCUGGGGCAGCGCCGCCCCCUACAGCUGGUAUCCGAUGCCGGAGGGGGGGCCAGUACGAGUACCACAGAAGAUGCUGCCCUCAGAGAACAACACCAUGGCCACCUACCCGCCCACCUGCUCCAACACCAACACGUCCCAGGGAAUGAACAUGGCCAACAGCAUCGCCAACCUGCGGCUCAAAGCCAAGGAAUACAGCUUGAACCAGGUGCCCACGGUCAACUGAGAGGAGGAGGGGGAGGCGAGGGGGCGCGGGACUCCCACGGCCGGACGCCGUCUCCGGGAUGAGCGUCAUCUCACGUGACCUGGAGGGCGGAGCCUCCCCUCCUCUCUGAUGGAGCCACCUGGCGUUCUACUCCACUUGUACCUGAAGGACACCACGCGGUGUCGGGAGUCUGUCCCCUCGUCCCCUUGUCUCUGGUCCCGGGCGCCACUGAACUCUUUGUCUAAAGGCGUCUUGUUUGGAAGUUGUAGCUGAAUAUCUGCGUAGUUUUACUUUUGUGAUUGUGACUGAGACGGAGGCGAGUUUCCCAAAGAUCUUUCCCUUUUCUACCCAGAGGUCAUUGCAUCGCCUGAGACUCAUGGACGGACACGUGGAUUUGUCUUUGUCCGUCUGCGGUGGAGAUAAAGACUCAAACCGGGAUCAACAACUCUCUUUUAUCCUUUUCUUUUUUAAAUCAACAACAAAGCGACAAGAACUCUCUCUGACAUUUAUGCAAACUUUUUUUAAAUAGUUGUUUUUUCACAUUUCUUUCCAUGUUAUACCACUGACAGUCAAACAUUUUCAUAUAAUAGUCCAAUAUAAAGGAGAAGCUAAUGUAUUUCUGAACCCAAACCAGAAGAUUCUCCUCAUUUCUUAUGAUAAUCCUUUAUCUGUAACAGAAUAAAAACUUGUAUAUGAAUAAAAUGCAUUUCA